AUAUCCAGUUUAUUUUAAGGAUUUACUUUGCUACUUGGUGCAUUAAGCAUGAAUUAUUCACGAUUCAUUACUGCAGUGAGUGCAGCAAGAAAAGCAUCUCCAAUAAGAGUCCUCACUGAAUUGAUGCAGCAAUCUCCCCCAUCAUUAAUUUCUCUGGCUGGAGGAGCACCAAAUUCCAACACAUUUCCUUUCAAAACGGCUACCGUUAUCAUUAAAGACGAAACAAGAAUUGAAAUCAAGGAAGAGCUGAUGAAGAGAGCUCUCCAGUAUUCUGCUUCAGCAGGGUAUUUGAACGGCAGCAAAGAUAAAAUUUGUGAUUUUGAAGCAACAAACACCUUAAAAAAACUUCAAGAUAAAUAUGGGGAAGGGAGAGAGAGUCUCUUUUAUCUACCUCAGCUUUCUUUCCAUUGUUGACCCCCUCAAAAAGGAAUGUUUAAUAUACAGGUAGUCCCUGGGUUAAGGACGACC